GCGUUGGAAAAAGAGCAAGAUGAACUGGCCUCGUUAUAUUGCUUUACAUGUAGGAAGAAGAUGAAGUCACGGAACGCUUUGAAUGACCAUCUUGCUAGUAAGAAACACAAGGAAAUGGAAACAAAAGGGCCGAAAGGUCCACGUCAACCUAGAAAGGUUGACUAUUUUUUUAAAAACUCAGAACACUUAGUGCAGUCACAUGGGCGAAAUGCAGACAUCAAAAUUCAAAGCAUUGAGACCAGUGAUCCUGAUGAUUAUGACGAUGAUGAUGAUGAUGAUGAUGAUGAUGACAGCAGCUCUUGUUGGGUUACAGUUGAUGGGUCUGACGGCGAGGAUGACAUCGAUUUUAAUGAGAGCCAGGCGAUCCCUAUCACAUCAUGUUUGUUCUGUCCGCAAGCAAAGUCAAACAAAGAACAAAUUGCUGAACAUAUGAAAUUCCAUCACGGAUUCUCUUUACCAGACAGGAAACAUCUGGUUGAUGAAGAUGGAAUGCUUAACUAUCUAGGUUUGAAGGUUGGUGCCGGACACUGUUGCAUUUAUUGUCCUGACAUUCGAAGUCGCUUCGCUACUACGGCUGCUUGUCAAGCCCACAUGCGUGACAAGCAGCACUGCAAGAUUAAUCGUGAACCGGAAGGCAUGCUAGAGUUUGCAGAGUAUUAUGAUUAUAGUCCUUUAUGCAAUAGUGAAGAUGAAAGCGGUGUAUCAGACAGUUUUUUUGAUGAUGGUUGGAGCUUGACUCUUCCCUCCGGAGCGAAGAUUGGUCAUCGCUUGUUAAUGAUAUAUUAUCGUCAGUAUCUUCGUCCAAAAGAUAGUAACAAACCUGAUAUGGGAAGGACUGCUUUAGAAAAAGCACGAGGUCUUUAUCCUGCUUUGGCUUGGACCGGUACAACAGGCGCCAUCGCUAAACAAGCAGCACGUGACAUCAAGUUCGUGGAGCACUAUCGUCGACGUUUUGAUUUGAGAGUUGGUUUGAAAUCAAAUAAGCUGUUCAAAUCACAGGGUCGCAAUGGUGAUAAUUAA